UUAUAACCUAUGUUUUAUGUAUAUACGUACUUAUAAUAAAAUGUAUCUGAUCCUUUUCCAAAUUCCGUACUAAUUUCCUAUCCAAUAAACCUAAUAAUGCACUUCCUAACUUUUGUACAUGGCUGACGCACAAACCGUGCAGGCCUAGAAAGGGUCCUUUUGUCCUUUUGUCCUUGUGAAAAGUGCCAAUAUUUAAAGUCGUUCUACCCCAGACAUUCGUCCGGGAAAGAAAACCUUUUUGUAAUAUAAUACUGACAUAUGUUGCUUAGUUACACAAUACACUAACCUACAGGACCGUCGCGUCCUCCUUCCGUACCAGUGAAAAAAUAAAACAAUUUUAAAAUAAAUUCAUUAUAAAAACAAAAAAUAUUAAAAACAAAUUAUGGCUAUCAAGAAACUACUUCAAGGCUAUGUAAUUAAUACGCACAAUAACAAUAAAUAAGCUAGUUAAUUAAACAUUAACUAAUUACAAGAAAGAUACCUAAUUAAUUCAUGAGGUUUUGGUAAAAAACAAAAAAGAGAAAAUUAACAUCUAUGUUAAUAAUCAUAUUUUAUAAAUGAAUGAUAUUUCUAAAACGUGUGGUUUUUCUCUUUACUUAUUUAAACUACACAAUCACUUUUUAUUAUAUAAUUAUUGAUAGUUUUUAAAAUAUCUCUACAUAAAUUGCUCAAGUAACCGUAACGGUAGUAUACGUAACGAACCUAUUAUUUGUACGAGAGACGACUUUAUAUUUAAAAGCUACAAUGCGGACGAGCUGCUCUCUACAUUGCUUCGUUUGGUCUUCGUUGGAAUGAUGUCAUAACUGUUAUCGCUUUGAGCUGGAAAGACUAAACUCGAAGUCAGCUCUCCUUAUCAAGUGCUGGUAACCGCGAGUGCCUGCAGUCGAGAUCCAUGAGAACCGCGACCGAUGUGCCAUUUUACGUGAGGAACGACGAUCUCCGCCACAACCUGGAGCUCUUCACCAUAGCCCAAAGGAUAAGGCUGGCGACUACAUGCGACUUCGACGUUAAAAUACCAGCAGCAUCACUACCACAAUGUAUGAAUAAACGUUCGGGUAACACACAUACAAUUCAAUAAUAUUUAUCUAUAUCAUAAAACACAAAAACCAUUUUUUUUAAUUUACGUAUUUUACAUAUUUUUCCAUUUAAUUAUGUAGAUUUUUAGUAGGUAUAAAUAUUCUGUUGAAAAUGAGAAAUUUCAAAGCAAGGACAGGCCUCCAAGGAAAAUGUUUCUACAUUUUGUAAUAUUACUUCUUCUGUCCCAGGGACUUUUUGGCGAAGUGAAGGUUUCGGAAGCUAUAGAUUGAGACAGCCGAAUAAUAGGUGGCAAAGAUGCCACUCCAGGCAUGGCUACUUACCAAAUUUCAAUUCGUGUUCGUAGUGGAAACCAAGAAUGGCACAGUUGCGGAGGGUCCAUUUUAAACGAAGAGUACGUGUUAACUGCAGCUCAUUGCAUUUAUGAGACAGACAUGAAAGAUAUGUCAAUAGUCGUUGGCACUCACACGAUUGAUAAAGGCGGCGACCGAUACAAGAUUAAGAAAUUGAUCCCUCAUGAGGAGUAUUCUGAUCCACUUGAUAUAGGCAUCAUACAGAUCGAAGGUAAAAUCAAAUACAGCGAUAAGAUUCAACCCAUUGAGUUAUUAAAAGAAAUGGCACCCGUUGGAAAGAAAUGUCUCUUGACUGGCUGGGGAUACACGGAUUAUGAUCGGAGUACUGUACCAAAUAAUCUUCAAAUGUUGGAGUUCGAAACAAUAAGCAAUGAUGACUGCACUAAACAAUUAAAACGCUCGCCUUACCCGGAUUUAGUGCCCGUAGACGCCGGACAACUCUGCGUUAAGCGUCCGAACAACAAAGGUGCAUGCCAUGGCGAUUCCGGUGGUCCUCUUGUCAUUCAGGACGAUAAGAACAAAACUCUUCAAAUAGGAGUCGUGUCCUGGGGAGUUUCCUGUGCCAAAGAAUAUCCUGAUGUAUUUGCUUCAGUCCAUGGUUACUACGAUUGGAUUCAGAACAAAAUGAAAUGAAUUAAAAAAUAAUUAAUAAUA